UUUGCGGAGACUCAUCUGACGUUUGUUAUUUUGUGUAUUUUUUCGGUAGCGCAUUUUGAAUCGUCUUGAGAACUAAAACUAUUUUUCUGAUUUAUUGUUGUCGAAUCAAACGAAGAAUUGCUAAUGACACGUAAAUUACCUUUAACAGUGACAUAACGCCACCCUAAACCACGAAAUGGAGAACGUAAAAACAACCAUAGACAGAGAAUACGAGCGUUACAAAAGCGAAAGCAUAAUUCAUUUGUCCGCCGAUAGUUAUGAGUCCCACUCAAAAAAGCGUAAAUUUUCGGUGGAAAAUGUUUCGGGUCUGGAUAUCACAUUGACUGAUGAUAGUUUGAAUAGAAGCCAAACAAUGGUUCCAACCAGCCCAUGGGAAAUACGUCGGCUUAAGGCUGAUCUAAUUGACAACGACACCAAGAUAAUUCAUUUGAAGAAAGAGUUGGAAAAUCGUGCAACAGCACACUCCAACAUGGAAUCACUUUACACUGUUAAAGUAAAGGGCUUAGAAAAUCAACUAGAAAAGAAGUCGGAGAAAAUUGCCGACCUGGAAAAACAUUUGAAAUUUGUACGCAAACGGGAGGCUACGUUGAAUGCCGAAAUGGCGAAAUUGCGAAGUCAAUCGUUGCUGGACAAGCAAAAUCACAGUGAAUCGGUGAGUGAACUACAAAGGGCGAAUAAAGCUCUGGAGAAUAAAUGCAGAAGAAUUGAACAUGAAUUGGGUGGAGCGGUAACAAAUAUUCAGCGACAGUACAAGGAUUUGGAAAAGAACCAUGCGUCGGCGGUAGAAAAGUGUGAAGAGCUCCAGGAGUCCACCACUGUGAUGCAAGAAAAAAUUCAACAAUUUGCCGAAACGAAUAAGCAAUAUGGCAUCCAGAAGCAGCAACUCGAAGCCGCCCAACGAAAAAUAGCAGCCCUUGAAGAAGAGAUACUCACAUUUAGUGAAUGGAAAAAGUUGUAUAAGGGUCUGGAGAGUGAUUCCAGCAGACUCUCGGACAUGGAAAAGAAGUACAAUCGACUACAGAGCGAAAACAAGGAGCUGCACAAAUGCAUUGGCGACAAAUUGUUGCUGGAAGAGGAAGUGGAGCACUUGAAAACGCGCCUAGCAAACAAUGAAAAACUGUCCGAAGAGGUCGUCAACAGUAACGCCAAAAUUCCAUACAUCGAACAAGAAUUGGCUGCCUUUAAAGCAGUGGCUAACGAUCAUUGUUCCGAGGCUGCGACACCGAGUCAUCUACGAUCACGCAUCGAAGAAAUACUCAGAAAGGAUUUGUUAUUGGUCAGCGAAAAUGGUUCGCUCCGAAUCGAAAGAGAUUCGAUUGCCGGACAGGUGGAUGAACUGAAAAAGCAAAUUGCUACACUGACGAAAUCCGGUAAUGAUCUUCAAGUUCUGUUAAAGAAUCAUCGGGAAAGCUUUCACAAAGUGCAGAGAAAAUUGCGGUUAGUUGUGUCCGAACGAGAUUGUUACAAGCAGCUGAUAGAAAAUUACGAGAAGAAUGUAACAAUCUCAGGAUCUGAUACAACGGUUACGGAUAUGCAAAUGCGACUGCGUUUGGAAAUGCUGGAGAAAACCGUAAAUGGUUAUAAGGACAUGUGUGCGAACUUGGAAAAGGAACUGCAAUCUGCCAAAAAUUCACCAGAUCAUGGUAAGAAUCGGAAUACUCUUUUCGUUAAUCAUAAUUGUGACCGAGGCACAAAUUGUUUUGCAGUUGAAUCAUUCUCCAAUGAGCAAUACAAAAAAGUUCGCAAGGAAUUGGAAGCAUUGAAAGACGACAACGAACGUUUACGUCGUCGAAAAGACGAGUUGGAAUUGUUAUUUGAGCAUUCCAAUAUGAAGGAUGCCUACAAUAUACCGAAAUAUAAGGUGAUGCAUAUGGCAAUGAAUCCAGCCGAUCAGGCGUACGAGAAUAACAAGAAUGAAAUUGAAAAAUUGCAGGCCGAGGUCGAGCGAUUGAAGCGAAAGAAUCGUAAAUUGGAAGCGGACAAUGAAGAGUUCACUGCAGCCAACUUAACGUUCGACAUCAAAGAAGUAAACAAUUUGCGUGCACAAGUGAAAUCACUGGAAGGCCAAAAGCAACACAUAACCGACUCCUAUCGUACCAACAUAAACGAAUUUCGUGACGCAUGCUAUCUCUUGUUUGGAUUUAAGGUUGACAAACAACAUGGGAAUAUUUACAGAUUGUCUAGCAUGUACGCUGAAUCACCCGACGAAUAUCUAACUUUUAAGAUGAGCGAUGAUAGCGACAUUUCUCUGAUGGAAUCGGUGUACUCGAAUUCAAUUAGCGAUUUCAUUGAGAAAACCUUAAUUGGUCCGAAUAGUAUUCCGGUAUUUCUGUCGUCACUAACAAUUGAUUUGUUUAAUCGAACAACUAUGAUAGGAGGCGUUUAACAAGCACAGUGUUUUUUUCUAUAAACAAUAAAACAUUUCGAAAUCGGCAAAAAAGCAAUAUUGUGACACCCGAUCGUAUUGAUUGGUUUGUAACAGAAUUUAUUGUGCAAGAAUUUCGUAAAAAUAAAAUGCUAAAUUCGAGAAGUA